AUGAUACGCGAGAAGUUAUGUAAACUGUCCUGUAAAGAAGGACACAGCGGUCCGACCUAUGAGUCCAUGCAGGAUGUGUUUGACCUGAAACCUUUCAGACCAGCGGUGAAUCUCAGCAAUCCCACCAUAGCCAACAUCUCCUUCACUCUGUACGCUGUCCUGGGAGUGAAUGAAAAAACCCAAAUACUCACUACCUUCUUGUGGCUGAGACUGUAUUGGCACAAUGAGUUCCUGGUUUGGGAGCCUGAUGAGUGUGACGGCGUCACCAGGAUUUCCCUCCCUGUGAUGCACCUCUGGUCUCCUGACAUCAUCGUGUAUGAGUUUGUGGAUGAUGAUGUUUCCCAAGCGUGUCCUUACGUCUACGUGAACCACACAGGUCACAUCCGCUGGGACAGGAUGCUUCGGCUUGUAUCCGCCUGCAACCUGAAGAUCUUCAGUUUUCCAUUUGAUGUGCAGAAUUGCACAUUUACAUUUGGCUCCUACAUGCACACCAUAAGGGAUGUGAGGGUCAGUCCAGCUCUGACAUUUAUUGAGAUGUCUAGUAAUUCAAAGCGUUACCUGGAGGCCAGUGGAGAGUGGGAGCUGGUGGACAUACUGGGGGAGACUUCAAUCCUCCAGUUCGGGAUCGAUGAGUGGGACAUCAUCACCUUCUGGGUGGUCAUAAAGCGACGGCCAGUGCUCUACGUGGUCAACCUGCUGAUCCCCAGCUCCUUCCUCAUGCUCAUCGACAUCCUCUCCUUUUACCUGCCCCCCCACAGCGUUGAUCGCGCCUCCUUCAAGAUGACCCUCAUCCUGGGCUACACUGUCUUCCUGCUCAUCAUGAACGACCUGCUGCCCAGCACAGCAAACGGCACGCCUAUCAUAGGAAUCUACUUCUCAGUGUGCCUGGCCCUCAUGGUCAUCAGUCUGCUGGAGACAGUCAUCAUCACCAAUGUCCUCCAUCACAACUCCAUGAAAUAUCGAGAGGUUCCAAACUGGGUUAGGGUUGUCGUCCUCAAACACAUUGCUAACCUCAUUUGUUACCGAUGGCCGGAAGACGUCCAACACCCCUCAACACUGCAGAAGGACAAACCUGACAUCUCAAGUGACAGCACUUCAGGCCCCUGGAUCAUCCAACCAGCCAACCAGAUACCUGCACAGCACCCUCCCAGCAAUGAAGGUACAGCUGCUCCUCCUGAACUCCAACAGAUCUGUCAAUACCUGGGCGACCUCCGUGACCACCUCACCUCGCUGAAGAAGGAGAGCGAGCUGCAGGAGCAGUGGUGCCACGUAGGAUACGUCCUGGACUUCCUGCUCUUCCGCAUCUAUCUGCUUCUCAUUUCCUGCUAUGCCCUGGUGAUCAUCUUUAUGUGGUGUAUCUGGAUUAAGCGUGUCAGUGUGACGGAGCAGACGAGGGCAUUCGUUAUGAGACUGAAAAUGAAGGAGAAACCAGCCCAGCUCGUCGUUAUCUGUUUUCUGCUGUUCAUUGACGGUUUUGUAGCAGUGUUGAAUUGUGACAGCCCAACCCGUAAAGCCUUGUACCAUGCACUUGAAAAGGAAUUACUCCCUGUUCAAAGGGUGCUUCCCAGAAACAACUUCACAGAGCCACUUGAAAUCACCAUCAGUGUCACUGUGGUUGGACUUUUAGGAGUGGAUGAAAAGGCCCAAACCAUGACGACAGUAAUAUGGCAAGUCCUGGAGUGGCAAAUAGAAGGACUGAGUUGGGAUAAAGACAAAUGUGGAGCUGAAAGACUCUCUAUCCCUCGGGAAAUGCUAUGGGUCCCUGAUGUGCACAUUGGAGAGUUCAUGGAUGAAGAUAUUUCUCCUAAAACGCCCUAUGUCUACUUAUACAACACAGGUUACAUAUAUGAUGAUAAACCGCUUAGAGUGGUCAGCUCGUGCAGAUUAGAAAUCUACUCUUUCCCAUUCGAUAUCCAAAACUGCUCGCUGACCUUUGGAGCAUACGUACAUUUUGCUUCAGACGUACAGAUGAUUCAAGGCGCCACAGCUGAAGAGAUCCUGAAGGAGUCCAGACAAGUGAUCCAGACCAAUGGGGAGUGGGAGCUCGUAGGCCUCAGCGUAACUCCAUAUACACUGACCUUAGAGGAGAGUUACUCUGAAGUCAGAUACAACAUCGUCAUCAGACGCAGACCGACCAUCUACGUGGUGAACCUGCUGAUCCCAAGCUGCUUCCUCGUCACAGUGGACCUCUUCAGCUUUUUUCUGCCCCCCCAUAGUGUGGACCGGGGCUCCUUCAAGAUGACGCUCAUCCUGGGAUACACAGUGUUCCUCCUCAUCAUGAAUGAUCUGCUGCCUGUCACCGGGGAAACAACACCUCUCAUCAAUGUUUUCUUCUGCCUCAGCCUGGCUCUGAUGGUGGCCAGCCUGUUGGAGACGGUGUUUAUCACUAAUAUCCAGUUCAGCUCAAGUCAGUACAGUGCCGUGCCAAAGUGGCUCAGCAUCCUCGUGCUAAAAUACCUUGCUGUUGUAGUUUGUCUCCCACCAAAGAAAAAGAGCAACAGAGUCACCGUCAUCCUUAACCAAAAUACAAGAGAAAUGAAUCCAAACAUCAGCAGCAUCUCAAGGAGUGAGACUUUCUCUAGUGAUGAAACUUCAGUGAAACCCCCUCCGACUCCCCCGAUCCCCCUGCUCCCCUCAGCCCACCCAGACCCGGCCCUGGAUGAGCUGAAGAGGCUGAGCAGAGACAUCACAGCCAUACGCCUGCAGAUAGACAAUCACUUCAAGGGGACCAAUUUCUCGCAGGAGUGGCAGAUGAUCGGGAUGGUCAUGGAUCGUCUUCUGUUCUGGUUGUACAUCAUCUUCAUCACCGUCAGCUUCAUCACCAUCAUCUGUAUCUGGAUCUGGAACAAUUCUAUUCAGUAUGAUUAUGAUAAAGGGUUAAAAGACUGA